AUGAGUGACCACGAUGACGUAAGCCAACUGCCAUCUAAAACACAACCCUUAUCGGUAUUAUUGUCGGUUAUUGUUGCAUGUGGUAUACUAACAAGUGUACUUCUAUUUUUCUUUUGUCGAUGUGUUGUCCAGCGACGCAGGAAAGCCAAGCAGCUCACUGAGUUGACCCCUUCUGUGGUCAAGCCGAGACCGAUAAGUGUUAUCAGAACAGAUAAGCCGAUACAGUUUGUUGUUCCUACCAUUUCCACCUACAGCGAAACAGCGGAAGAAUCUUUCUCGGAUAACGAGUCAUCUAAUAACCGUUGGUCCACAUACGAUGGAGAGGGAAACCUUCGGUGGAAAUCUGUUACUGACAAGUUUCACAUUGAUCCGACAGAGUUGGAACACGAACUGUACGUUGGAGACCGAAGGACAAGCUGCGGGAGUGGACAAGUGAACUUCUCUGUCCACUACAACAUUCUCCGUCAACACUUGUGUGUGAGAUUAAUAGGCGUGACAGACCUAAUCUCGAGAUUUUCUAAAUAUGCAGCAAACCCAUUUGCAAAAAUUACGCUCUUACCGGAGAAGUACCCUAAAUUUGUAACCAAAGUUCAUAAAAAAACAUCAAAUCCAAUCUUCGAUGAAACGUUUGUUUUUAAAAUAAAACCAGAAAAUUUAGGCGACAAAACUUUAAAGAUCGCGAUUUGGGACUAUGAUCGAUUUUCUCGAAAAUUCCUAAUCGGUCAAGUUCUUUAUCUUUUAAGUAGAUGUGGUAUUGACUCUGCAAUCACAGAAGACGUGACACCAAGCGACAUCUGGUGUGAAUUGCAGCCCAAAGAAGAUGUGAAUUUCUGUGUUCGGGAGCGUAAUAAUUACUCCGAGUCUUUUUUCACAGUUGUCUACGUUAAAAUCUCUCUGUACUUAAAGAAGAAACUUGUUCGAACAAAGAAGACAACACCGAAAAAGAAGAUCCCAGAAGUAGAAUUUUCAGAUAGUUUCAACAUCCAACUUCCUCAGUCGGCGCUGAGUGACGUCGAUCUAGUGGUGUCUUUAUGUGAUAAGGCUGCAUUUGGAGGAAAACACUUGAUUGGUCGAACUCAGGUGGGCGCCAACUGUUUAACUGAACAAGGGAUGCAACAUUGGCAGGACAUGCUGAGUAGUCCAAAAAGCACUUCGGCCCAGUGGCAUACGUUACUUCGUUAUUAA